UGGCGAACCACAGGAAAGGCACUUCCGGUGUCUGUUGCCAAGGCACGGGCCUGGUGGGGCCGGAGGGGCGACGUUAUUGGCGUCGUCCUCUCCCCCCCCUCUCCGGGGGUCGAGAUGUCGGGGCUCAGCGGCCGAGAAAUGGAGGGCUGUCGUAACUUGCUCGGCCUACUGGACAACGACGAGAUCAUGGCCCUAUGCGACACCGUCACCAACCGCCUGGUGCACCCUGAAGACCGCCAAGAUGCCAUUCGUGCAAUAUUAGUGUACAGUCAAAGUGUAGAAGAACUUCUGAAGCGUAAAAAAGUCCACCGAGAAGUCAUAUUUAAAUACUUGGCAACACAAGGGGUUAUUAUACCUCCUACUACUGAAAAACACAAUCUUAUUCAGCAUGCAAAAGAUUACUGGAAGAGACAAUCACAGCUGAAAUUGAAGGAAAUGCCAGAACCAGUUACAAAGACAGAAAACAUCCAACUCUUUGAACAGCAGGCAAAAGAAGAUAAAAAAGCUGACAAAGUUGAUUUCCGUCGCCUAGGAGAAGAAUUCUGUCACUGGUUCUUUGAACUUCUUAAUUCUCAGAAUCCUUUUCUGGGACCACCUCAAGAUGAAUGGGGGCCACAGCACUUCUGGCAUGAUGUGAAACUUAGGUUUUAUUACAACACAUCUGAACAAAAUGUGAUAGACUACCAAGGAGCAGAAAUUGUGAGCCUUCGUUUGCUGUCACUAGUGAAAGAAGAAUAUCUUUUUCUCAGCCCCAACCUGGAUUCCCGUGGACUGAAGUGUGCUUCUUCUCCACAUGGGUUAGUUAUGGUUGGAGUUGCUGGAACUGUCCACCGAGGGAACACUUGUUUGGGUAUUUUUGAACAGAUAUUUGGACUCAUCCGUUGUCCUUUUGUGGAAAAUACUUGGAAAAUCAAAUUUAUCAACCUGAGAAUUGUUGGAGAGGGUUCUCUUGCUCCUGGAUCAUUACUAAAACCAGCUAUUACAUUUGAACAGAGUGAUCUAGAGGCCUUUUACAAUGUAAUCACUUUAUGUGGUACUAAUGAAGUACGACUUAAUGUAAAACAGGCAUUGGAUAGUGGAACUGGAGACCAAGCUUUAUGUAGUGGAAAUGAGGAAUUGUUGAACAAAAGAGAACUGAGUUUACCUGACCCUCUAAAGCACUGAUCACUGUGUGUCAGCCUAAAAAAACUUCUAUACAGAAACUCUUCCAAAUACUACAUCAGUCAUGUGUGCACCAGCAGGGAACUGGAUUGGAAGUUGGAGCAAUUGGGAUUGCCAUCUUUGCGGCUGGUAGUCUGACCCACUGUGCCACAACACUGGCCCAAAGAAAAGGAUUUCAGGAAUAUUGUUUUUUAAAGCUAAUCGUAAACAUUGUGGUUUAACAAAAUGGCUUUGAUGGUUAAAUCGGUCAUAAAAAUUAAGGAAAACAAUACUGUAGUGUUUUUCUUAGUUCCCAUAUACUCUUUUCUUCACUGGUUCUUUGGGUUGUGGGAUAUGGUCAUCAACCUUUUGAACUAUAGUCUUUCUUCCAAGAAAAAAAAAGUAAUUUGUGCAUAUGGUAUUAAAAAUUGUUCAUAUUUCAGAGUUGAUGGGUCUUCCCAAAGCACAUCUUUGUGUCCUAUAGGUAUCUUUAUGCUCUGUUUUUAAAUAUUCUGCCAUGAUGUUAGAUUUAACCCCAGGCUACUCCUCUAGUAUAUUAAAAUGUUUUUAUAAAAUUUAACAACAUUGCCUAAAUCUCUAAGGGAACUAAAUCUUGUGAAUGAAAGUAUAAUUUCUAGGAAAUAUCACUUUACAAUAAUUAUUAUUUGUGAAUUAUUUUUAAGAAUUUUUCUAAUUUAUUUGAGUGAGAGAACUUCUACUUAGUGUUCAUUCCAUAAAUGCCCUCAACAGCCGUGACUGAGCCAGGCCAAAGCUGGGAGCCAGGAACUCAAUCUGUCCACGUAAGCGACAGGGACCCAAUUACUUAAGCCAUCAAUCACUGUUGUCUCCCUGGAUCUGCAAGAGCAGGAAGCUGGAGUUGGGAGCUUAAAGCAGGGAUCAAACUCAGGCUUUGCAGUAUAUUAGAAAUGGACACAAGCCACUGUUAGUGCAACGUAAAAAAAUAUUAAUUCAGAAUUCAUUUCAUUUUGGCAAGAAUUAUUAUAAAUAUUGAACAUAAUGUGGAGAAAGUGGUAAUAUGAAAAAUAGUAAGAUAAUAUUCUCAAGAACUUUAUUAAAGUUCUUUAUUAAAGCUUCAUCUUAAGAUGUUUGGUAAUGAUUGGAUAUUACUAAUUCUGAUGAAGGAUUUUAAAAAUAUGUUUCUUCUGCAGAGGCUAUGUAUGUGAUCUCAACUUUCAUCCCUUCCUCCCACUUCUUCAUUUUCCAUAGCCCUGUUUAAUUUUUAAAUUUUACACAUUUGAAAAGUGGAGGGACAGGAGAAAGCGGUAAUAUGAAAAAUAGUAAGAUAAUCUCAAGAACUUUAUUAAAGCUUCAUCUUAAGAUGUUUGCUAAUGAUUGGAUAUUACUAAUUCUGAUGAAGGCUAUGUAUGUGAGCUCACCUUUUAUCCCUUCUUCCCACUUCUUCAUUUUCCAUAGCCCUGUUUAAUUUUUAAAUUUUACACAUUUGAAAAGUGGAGGGACAGGUAAAGGGGAACAUGGGGAGGGAAAGAAGGAAAUCUCUCGUCUACUGGUUUACUUCAUAGAUGUCUGCAACACUAGGAACUGGCUCAGCCAAAGCCAGGAGCCAAUUAACUCAGUCUUGUUUUUCAUGUGGGCAACUACUUGAGCCAUCAUCUGCUGCCUCCCAGGGUACACACUGGCAAGAAUCUGAAAUUGGGAGAGGAGCCAAGACUUGAACCCAGGUACUUUGAUAUGACGUACAGACAUCUCAGGGGGUGUUGUAAACAUUGUACCAAACACACAUUCCUAACCCUCCCCCAUUUAUAAACUUUGUGUCCACCCAGUUGCAGUGCAAGGAAAUGACCUUCUGGAUCUGGGUUCUCUUCAAGUUUAUUUGAUGUUUAAUUAUUGAGUGUUACUAUUUGCAAAUCACUGAGUCAAGUGAAAGACAAAAUACAUCAGUAGGCUAUUUACUUAGACAAAUGUAUUUAAAUUUCAAUUUUUGGGUUUAGGCUGUCAUAAGGUAACAAUUUCUGUAGGCCUUUUGUAGAAGGAUUCAGAUCCUUUUAUAGGAUCAGAAAAAGGAAAACUUAAUCUAGAAUUGGAAUAAAGUAUCCAAAUUUUGCAAGAGAAUGGGCUAUAUGCAUUUAGCUUUAUUUUUCUAAUAAGCUCCCUACAGUCUUUGAUGAAAGUGUUAAUGUUAAAAUUGAAUGCAAUAUUCACAUAGUAUAUAUAUAUAACACCAGAAACGGGCCAGUGCUGUGGUGCAGCUGAGGCGCCGGCAUCCCGGAUGGGCACCAUUUCUAGUCCUGGCUGCUCCUCUUCCAAUCCAACUCUCCACUAUGGCCUGGGAAAUCAGUAGAAGAUGGCCCAAGUGCUUGGACCCCUGCAACUGUGUAGGAGACCCAGAAGAAGCUCCUGGCUUCAGAUCAGCGCAUCUCUGGCCGUUGCGGCCACCUAGGUAGUGAACCAGCAGGUGGAAGACCUCUCUCUUUGUCUCUACCUCUCUAACUCUUUCAAAUAAAUAAAAUAAAUGUUUCUUUUAAAAAACAACUAUUUGUAUAUCAUGAAAUCAUAAACCUGCAAUUUGGUACCUGCUACAUUCUAUCCCCAGUACUGCUAAAUCUUGUUGCUGUUCUUAAGGGAAUCAUUUAAUGAGGUUAGUAGUUUUCAUCUUCAGUUUGUAGACACUCUAAAUCUGAAGUUUGAAAUUGGUUACAUUUUCAUUAAUAUCAAAGGAAGAACCACCUGCUGCCAAUUACAUUACUUAUUUGAUAUUUUCUGAACAGAAAGUAACUAGUUAACUUAGGAAAAUUUUUUCUGAAGCAUUUAGUCUGUUUGCAUUAAUUUUUUUCCUACUCAUAUUUUACUGUACUAAUGAUUAGUAUUACAUGCAGUUAUUUCAGAUUGUUAUGUGUAAGUUACUUUUUCCUCCCUAAGUUGUAAAUUCCUAAAACUAGUUACUCUCUUUUUUUGUAGUCUUUAUCUGAGGGCCUUGCACAGAAUAAGUAACAACUAAAUUUGGAGUGUGUAUUGUAUGCCAGUUUCUUUUCUAUGUGCAAUGAUUGUAUUAACUCAUUCAUUCCUGGGGACAGCUAAGUGAAGUACAGUGAUUAUUAUCUCUUUCACCAGAAAGUUAGAUACAGAGUGACUUAGCUGUCACGGCUAAUGCUAGAGCCUGGAUUUUAAACCCAGGCAUUCAAACUUGAGAGCUAUGUUGUCGCAAGUAGUAGGUUUUUAUUUCUCUAAAUACAGAGUAGCAGUAUUACUUCAUGCUAUAUUCCACCUGUAAUUAUCAUUCAUUCAGUGAUAAAACUUCUUGGAGAAAAGAUGCAGAAUACUCAAGCAAUACUGUGAAAAAAAGAAUAAAGGUAAUUGAGUAAUAUAAUUGAUAUCAAAUUAACUUACCAUCUCACCACAUUCUCUAGUUAGUUUGUGACACCGUUGUGCGUUCAGUGUCAAGAGAUAGUACUUCACAUUUUUUUUUUUUUGCCACAUCCAGAUGUAGCAUAUUUGUAUUCUAUUUUAGCUGCUGUUGUAAUUAGGCCCUUUUAACCUAAAUUUGAACUAAUUAAGUUCGUAUUUCUCUACUUGAAUAUUUCUUGAACAUUUGUGACACUAAAAUUACUUUGAAGUACAACAUUCUUCAUAACUUCUGUGCUAACAACUUUUCACUGGUCUUGGAUUACUUCAAAAUAAAGUCUACAUAUCACAAUCUGCUUUUCAUCACCAUCUAGGUUUGACCCCAAACAUUGCUUACAAAAGCCAAUCUAUACUGCUGACUGUGUUACUUAGCCAACUGCUUUUGUUCCAAAGUAUCCAAAAUAGUAAAAUUUAAUUUUUGUAUUUUG